CUGCCGUAGGACCGCGGGGCCGCCGCUCCAUCGGCGACAUCUUGGUGGAGGACGCGCUGAGGAAAACGCUGGUCACCCUGUAGCGGCUGCACCACGAUCUCUACUGACCUCCGGAGCGCGCAGGAUCGAACGCGCAGGAGGUAAGGCUGCUGCUGCUCACGGAGACCCCACUCCCUGCCCAGGAGGGUGCCUGGGGACCCAGAUUCCCGGCCUCGCCACCCUGAGUCCGUUAGUCUCCACUUCUACCCAGUGGAGCAGACCCCAGAUUGACACCCAAGAGUAUACCACUCCUCGUAGUUAGGUCGCGUCUCCUGGACUCCCUCCUGGAACCCCGACCCCGCUGCUACCUGAACCACAGGGCCCUCUCGGCCCGAGACUCCGCCCCCUUCCCCAGAAUUACCCCGUCACAGACACGCCCCUUUUUGCCCCAGCCUCCGCCCUCCGGUCCGGUCCGGGCGGGGCGGGGCUCCGGGUUUGAACUGCGCGGCGGGCCGGGCCUCUGAGUCGGGUCGGGCCCAUAGGCGGCGGCGCGGAGCAGUCAGUCUGCGGCGCUCGACACCAUGUCCCCGGGCAGUGGGGUGAAGAGCGAGUACAUGAAGCGCUACCGAGAGCCGCGCUGGGACGAGUAUGCGCCGUGCUACCGCGAGCUGCUCCGCUACCGCCUGGGCCGCCGGCUGCUGGAGCAGGCGCACGCGCCAUGGCUCUGGGACGCCUGGGGCCCCGACAGCCCCUCAGACAGCUCAGCUUCACCCAGUCCGGCGCCCAGGGGCGCAUUAGGGGAGCCCUCGGCGCCCUCCGCGCGGGAGGAGGAACAGACGGUGGGGGAGCGCGGCGCGGAGCUGCGGGGCGCGGAGGUUGGGGACGCGGAAGAGCAGGACACAGUGCUACCAGCACCACCAAAAAAAGACAUAGAAGAAAAACCUGAACUACAAACUGGGGCAAAAGAGACUGACAGGGUGCCCACUGGCCCCAAACCUCGACAACAGCCUAGUGCCUUAUUUGCCAGAGGAAAUAAGAAAGCAACCAGAAGCCCCCAAAGAUCAACAAGCAAAAUAAAAGAGAACAAGCAUCCAUUUGCCCUGUAUGGCUGGGGAGAGAAACAGAUGGACACGGGGAGCCAGAAGACACACAAUGUCUGUGCAUCUGCCUCUGUGCAUGAGAUUCAUGAAUCAGCACUUCGAGCGAAGAACAGAAGACAGGUGGAGAAAAGGAAACUGGCUGCCCAGAGGCAGCGGGCUCACUCGGUGGAUGUGGAAAAGAACCAGAGGGUAAAGCCAACUUCCGCAGAGAACCCAUGGCUGACGGAGUACAUGCGGUGCUACUCAGCAAGGGCAUAGAUGCUGGGACAUGCUCUUUCAAGUGUUUAUGGAAGAAAAGGAAAACCAAAACUAGCAAAUGGGACCACACACAGGUGGAAGAAAUCGACUGGUUCUGCAAGGCUCCUCUUUUUCAAGAGAUGGUUUUUGCUUUCAUGAUGGUUGGUCACCUGCCUUUGUAGUUAGGGCAGACCAUCGAAGCCAUAGGUGUUGGCCUGUUUACGAAGACAAGUCCCCGAGUCUUGAUAUUCUUGUAAGAGUUUUAUUUUAAAGAUUUUAAUCUUUGGAGAUACCCACACCAAAUGCCUUUAACCGGCUCUAGGCACUUCCCACCCACACCUUCCUGUAGUACAGUUGGAGCUGUCCGUUUUGACCAGCACCGUGCUCCACAGCUGGCGGGGGCAUCCCGUCCCACAGCGCAGGACUCACAUCGUGCAGUUGGCCUUGCAGGGGGCACCACGGAAAGCAAGGGCAUCAGUGCGGGGUCAAUGCUCUUCCUGAUGAACUAGAACUGUGGCAGCUGCUGAGCAGUUACACUUGGUAUUUCCAUGUAGACUAUGAUAUUUAAGAAUUUUCUGGCCAGAAUGAGGGUCGCCUUUUCCCCUUAAGUCAUCACUUAGACAUUUAUUUAAUAUAUAAUAGUUCUGGUACAUUCCGGUGAGUGACGUGCAGUGCAUGUUUUAGAGCAAUGAUGACAUUUGUUUUGAGUCAGUGUCACAUUCUUUUAGCUGCAGUAUUCCCUUUUAGAGCACACAUGGCAUAGUCAGCUGCUUAUUAAGUCUGACCUGCCACUCUCCUCUUUGGAGAUAGCAAACGAUGACAUUGAAAACUUGAGAUCUGAAAUGACACUUAAUAAACUUGAAUUUGUGUGGCUUGUGGGGAUGGGACCAACGGACACCAUUUGUGUGCCAUCACCUCCAUUCUGCUUUUCCUUCUAUAGAACGUAAUGAAGGCUUCAUGAUGCACAGUGCUGAUACUUUAGGUUGAAAAUGUGACUACUUGAUGUCCAGCCUGGUGACCUGUGCUGCCGAACUGUGGGAGAAUGGUGUGUGUGCUAGCCUGGCUGUAAAUGUUCUUCCUGUAGUAGGCAACCACUUUCAGGGUUUAAACAAGUGGUUUUAAAAAGCGUAGGUUUCCAUGAGAUGGGUGCUUCUCCAUCCUGCCUGAAAGAUGCUCAGAGGAUGAGCACCGUGCUCUUCUGGAGACGGGGAGAUCUCUGCCUGCACCAUCUCAGCAUCUGAGUUUGUUGGGUAAAACUGAGGGCUGGGUGUGCGUGUCACUGAGCAUCUCCAGGAUGUUUUCACUUUGGGUUUUUGAGUAUGAUAAUUUCUAGAACACAGAUGAUUUCAAUCCAUAUAAAUUUGUCACACAGUGUCAUCUUAAAACUGUAUGAAGCUUUGAAAAUGCAUACUGAAGAAUCAUGAGUGUUUAAAAAAAACUUAAAAUAUUUGCCUAGUUUUGUAUAGUCCUUUGUGUACAGAGCCCUCCCACUGAAGUGUAUAUUUAAUUAAAGAUUAAGUUCUACAUGUUGUUCAAA